AUGUGUAGAAGUGAGUCACAAUAUUUUUGAAAAAAAAGUUAUUUUAUUUGAACUUCUUAUUUGAAGAUAGUAUUGAUAACUGUUGUGAUUGGAUCGAUACAAAAAUUGAUGAUGGAACUUUUUUACCGGUUGUCAAUGGUGCGCAUUCAUGUAUGAGACAAAUUGGAAGGGUUAGUGAAUUUUUAAUUAUAGAGAAAAUUAUCAAAGAAAAAAAUAAAAAUAAAGAAAUUCAGAGAGAGAGGGAAUAAAAAUCGGGAUAUGAAAUAAAAUUUUGUUUUCUGAUAAGACGAAAAAAUAAUGGGAUGAUUCACGAAAUAAAAAAAACUUUUCGUAGCGAAAUCCACAUUCUGAAAUAAUCGAAUGCGCCUUUAAAUGUUUUUUUACUGAAAAAAAAAACAUUAAUUUUUUUCACUCUGUGAAUCAUCCCAUAAAAAUUGUCCUCUUAAACCGUAAACACUGUGAUCGACGUAAAAAUGCACAAAAUAUAUUUUUGGCAAUCUUCCAAAUCUCUGAACAGCAAAGUUGCUCUGUUUAGAAUCAUUUUUUUUUGUUUUUCAGGGAUCUUGGAAAAUCUUUUUUUUAAUCUCUGAACAGCAAAGUUGCUCUGUUUAGAAUCAUUUUUUUUUGUUUUUCAGGGAUCUUGGAAAAUCUUUUUUUUAAGAACCUAGAUUGUGCUUUUCUAGUCCACAUUAAAACUUACAUUAGAUUAUUUUUAGAAUAGUGAAAAAAUGAGAUUAAAAAAAAUUUAUUUCAAAUUUAAAAGGACGGUAUUCAGAUUUUCAAAUUAUUUUUAGAAAAAAACCCAAAGGGUAUUAAUUUCCUGCACUUCUGAUGUUUAAUUACAUCAUCAAAUAGCCUCUUCCCAAUUACCCCACAUCAAAAACUAAUUAAUUUUCUUCCAGCUUCUUGUCUACUUUGUCUACGCAAUUUCAUUUUUUCUUGCCGCUACCUCAUUUUUCAUCAUCUUGCCAUACGAACAAUUGUAAGUCUUCAAAUUUUACAAAAAAAAAUCCCAAACAUUGAAUUUAUAUUAUUCCAGAUAUAAAUCUCCAUAUCUUCUAGUCGUUCUGAGCAUUUUUGGGUUCUAUUUUCUUAUCAAUAUUCAAUUUCAUUAUUACAAAGCGAGAACUACAAAACCUGUAGCGAAUCCAGGGGUAAGUAAGAUAAUUGGAAAAUAAUUGAGAUAGAUUAUCCUUUUUUAGCAAGAAGGCGAUUCAUUUUGUGAGAAGUGUAAUUAUUGGAAAAGUCAAAGAACACAUCAUUGCUCAGUUUGUGAAACGUAAGAUUUUUACCAGGGGUCAAAUUAUUGGAACACAUAGAAUUUCACGUUUGCCAGCGAGAGUGGGGAGACUUAGAAUCAUAUCUAAUUAAUUUUUAUCAAUUUUCAGAUGUAUUUUGGGUAUGGAUCAUCAUUGUAUUUGGAUCAAUCAAUGUGUCGGAAGUCAUAAUCAUCGUCAUUUCUUUCUUUUCAUCGCAAAUCUCACCUUCGCUGCAGGAACUAUUAUUUUGGCAGGUUACCCUUCUGUUUAUGAUCAUAUAUUUAUGGUAAGUUUUUCGUGUACACUUGAAAAUUCCUAAACAAAUAUUUUUUAGGAAACCUCUGAACACACUUUCUGUACAUCAAUUUUACACUAUGCUCCACUUCAGAAUUAUAUUUGCGAUUAUAAUGGUAAUAAUUACAAAUAAAUUUAAAACUAAACAAAACUAUUUUCCAGAACUUGCUAGAACAUCGAUAGUUUUCUGCUAUUUGCUCAGCGCUGUGUUAUUUUUGAUGGUUGGCGGAUUGACACUUUGGAAUGUGUACCUCAUAUCAAUCGGUUUUACAUAUAUCGAUUAUUUGAGACAUUCCGAUUUGAAGCGAAAACCUGGAUAUCGUAACCGACUCAACAAAGGAUUCUGGAUGAAUUGGAAGAAUUUUUUGGGUCUUCGAAGAAAUCGCUCGUUUUUCAAUUAUGUUAUUCUUCCUCGAACUCUUCCUCCUCUCAUGUAUGACAAUUUUGCCAAAAAUGAUGCAUUUGAUCUGAUUGUAUGA